CUUUCACAUCCAUUCAGCCUUUUCUGCAGCAGCAUUGAACUUGCAGAGAGACGGGGGGGGGAGAGGGUAGGAGAAAAAAGGGCAGAUUGGUUGACAGUGUUACGCAGAAACAGCCCGGCGCUAUUAUCGCUGAGGCUGCUGUGGCUGCUGUGGCUGCUUCCCCUUGUUGCUUACUCCAGGCUUUGUGAAAUGUACCUCAAACGGGAAUCGUUUUCCGAUUCACUGCUCAGUGCUGGUGUAGAGGAGUGGUCGGGGAUCAUUUUGCACUUUUAGAUCGACGUCGCCUUGAACGCAGAGCAGCAGCAAACGCUUCCAGUGCAUCUGAUCCCUGAAGUUGUAUCAAGCGGGCGAUGGUUUACGUCUGAUCGCUGGUCCACUAUCCGGAGAGGACUGCGGACGGGCUACGCUGCAUUGUGGCAACUGAGACGCUGAUUCUUCCCCGAGGAUUGCACAACCCGUUCCCCACACAAAAUGUCAUCUCAGGCGAAAGUCAAGAAGGACAAAGAGAUUAUUGCUGAAUAUGAGACCCAAGUGAAAGAGAUCCGUAACCAGCUGGUGGAGCAAUUCCGUUGUCUGGAGCAGCAGUCUGAGUCCCGGCUGCAGCUGUUGCAGGACCUGCAGGAUUUCUUCCGUCGAAAGGCUGAGCUCCAGCUGGAGUACUCCAGAGGCCUGGACAAACUGGCUGAGCGCUACUCCGCCAAGAUCCGCACCUCCAGAGAGCACCAGCACUUCAAAAAGGACCAAAAUCUCCUGUCCACUGUGAACUGCUGGUAUUUGGUCUUGGAUCAGACCAGGCGGGAGAGCAGAGACCACGCCACUCUCAGCGACAUCUACAACAACAACGUCAUUGUCCGUCUGGCGCACGUGGGCGACGAUGUCAUCAGACUUUUUAAAAAGAGCAAAGACAUCGGGGUGCAGAUGCACGAGGAGUUGGUGAAAGUCACCAAUGAGCUCUACACAGUGAUGAAGACGUACCACAUGUACCACAAUGAGAGUCUCAGUGCUGAGAGCAAGCUGAAGGAGGCAGAGAAACAGGAGGAGAAGCACAGUGGCAAGACAAAUGACAUAAGUGCCAGCCUGCUGCGCUACGGUCACGAUGAACGUCCACAGCGACGAAGCUCUGUCAAAAAGAUGGAGAAAAUGAAGGAGAAGAGACAAGCCAAGUACUCUGAAAACAAACUGAAAUGCACAAAGGCCCGUAACGAUUAUCUUCUCAAUCUGGCAGCCACCAAUGCCCUGGUGGCCAAAUACUACAUCCAUGACGUCUCAGAUAUGAUAGAUGGUUGUGACUUAGGGUACCAUGCGAGCCUAGCGCGCACCAUGAGAACCUACCUGUCUGCAGAGUACAGUCUGGAGACUUCUCGCCAUGAGGGAUUGGACUUACUGGAGGCAGCCGUAGAUGCCAUGGACAUCAGAGGAGACAAGCUGAAAUUUAUGGACACACACAGCCAGAUAUUUUGUCCUCCUGCACGCUUUGACUAUCAGCCACAUAUGGGCGAUGAGGUGUGUCAGGUGAGUGCACAGCAGCCUGUCCAGACAGAGCUCUUGAUGCGCUACCACCAGCUCCAGUCUCGCCUGGCCACGCUGAAGAUAGAAAAUGAAGAGGUGAAGAAGACUCUUGAUGCCACCAUGCAGACCCUUCAGGACAUGCUCACUGUGGAGGACUUUGAUGUUUCUGAGGCCUUCCAGCACAGCCAGUCCACUGAGUCCAUCAAAUCAGCUUCCUCUGACUCCUACAUGAGCAAGGCAAACAUUGCCAAGAGACGAGCCAAUCAGCAAGAGACCGAGGGCUUCUACUUCACCAAGUACAAGGAGUACUUGAAUGGAAGCAAUCUCAUUAUCAAACUGCAGGCCAAGCAUGACCUUCUGAAGCAGACGCUAGGAGAAGGUGAGAAGGCUGAAUAUGGAACAACGAGGCCCCCCACUCUUCCCCCUAAACCUCAGAGAAUGCGGAAGUCUAGACCUCGCUCCAUUUUUAACUGUAAGCUGUUUAACGGCAAUAUGGAGGCCUUCAUUCAGGACUCGGGCCAGGCUAUACCGGUGGUGGUUGAGAGCUGCGUUCGAUACAUCAAUUUGUAUGGUCUUCAGCAGCAAGGUAUAUUUCGAGUUCCAGGCUCCCAGGUCGAAGUCAAUGAUAUUAAAAAUGCAUUUGAAAGAGGUGAGGAUCCUUUGGUGGAUGAUCAGAGUGAUCACGACAUCAACUCUGUAGCAGGCGUUCUUAAGCUCUACUUCAGGGGGCUGGAAAACCCGCUGUUCCCUAAAGAGCAUUUCCUCGACCUCAUAUCCACGACCAAGCUUGACUCAGGUGCAGAAAGAGCUCAUCUCCUUCAGCAGAUAAUUAUAACUCUUCCACGGCCUGUGAUCAUUGUCAUGAGAUACUUAUUUGCGUUUUUGAAUCAUCUUUCGCAGUACAGUGAUGAGAACAUGAUGGACCCCUAUAACCUGGCUAUUUGCUUUGGCCCCACACUGAUGCCCAUACCAGAUGACCAGGAUCCAGUGGCCUGCCAAGCACAUGUUAAUGAGGUCAUUAAGACCAUUAUCAUCCACCAUGAAGUCAUGUUCCCAACCCAGCAUGAGUUGGAGGGACCUGUGUAUGAGAAGUGCAUGGCUGGAGGAGAAGAGUACUGUGAAAGCCCCCACAGUGAGCCAGGAGCUCUCGAUGAGGUAGACAAUGGUACCGGACCUAACACUAGUGACGAAGAGCUGGAGCAGAUUGAGGCCAUAGCAAAGUUUGACUAUGUUGGCCGAAGUCCAAGAGAACUUUCCUUUAAGAAGGGAGCCUCUCUGUUACUCUACCUGCGAGCCUCUGAGGACUGGUGGGAGGGCAGACAUAACGGUGUGGAUGGGCUGAUCCCACAUCAGUACAUUGUGGUGCAAGACAUGGAUGAUGCAUUCUCAGAUAGCCUUCAGAGGGUUGAUAGUGAGGCCAGCAGUGGACUGCACCACGAUGAUAGAGCCCCAUCCAGAAAUGAACGCCAGUCUCCUUGUGAACACACACCUGAGCACCACUUUGGGGCAGCAUUGGGAAGGGUCAGAGUGCGAUCAGAUGGAGCUGCAGUUCCACGCCACAGGAACAGCGCUGACAGUCACAGCCCCACCAGAACCACUGACAAGCCCCCUAGGGUUAUGCCUCGGCCAUGCAGCCCACACAAAAUAGCUGUCAGCAGGGGCCCAACAGAUAGUCCAGAGAAACGGCGCCUCACCACGUUCGGCAGUGCUGGUUGCAUUAACCAUCCUGACAGAAAGGCCUUCAUCGACAGCCACGCUCCACGAUCUUCACCCAGCGCCACUCGCCAUGCAAGUUUGGGAGACCACAAAGCUCUGGAGGCUGAGGCACUGGCUGAGGACAUAGAGAAAACAAUGAAUACGGCGCUCCAUGAGUUGCGGGAGCUUGAGCGGCAGAAUGUAGCCAAACACGCCCCUGAUGUUGUUUUGGACACACUGGAGCCCCUCAAACACCCCGGUGGAGCUCAGGAUCCACCUGGAAGCCCACUCCACACCAUGGUGAUUCGGGAUCCAGAUGCAGCCCAGCGACGUAGCAGCAGCAGCUCCUCCUCCGAGACCUUGACCACUUUUAAACCUGCUCUCUCAGCGCGCAGGCCGAGUGCACCUCUAAGGCCCCCGCCUGUCAGGCCUGUUAGGCCUGCUCCUGUGAUUGGACAGGGCCAAGGACCACAUCGUUCCAGCAGUUCUAGUUCCUCUGGUCUGGGCAGCCCAGGCAUCACCCCAACUGACAGAAUCUUCCCCAAAGCUCCCUCCCCAUCACCAUCCACCACCUCCUCCUCCUCAGACAAACAAGGUAACAUGUAGGUCCAGUCAGUCACAAGUCAAAUGGUUGAACUCUGUGUAUACUGAGUGACUGAUUACCACCACGCCCCUACACCUCUUUCUGACAGCAGAGCAAACACUGACACCUGAUUUGUUUGCUGAAUAUAUAUCACAAGUUGAUGUACAGUUUCAUGUAAUAUGUUGGUAUUACAAUGAUAUGGAAAUAGGAUUUAAAUCUAUAAGAAUUAUUUUAAAAAAUGCUGAAUAGCCAUGCUGGAUAAAAGAAAGGGAUACACUGGAAAAUACUGAAUCCUGACAAUAAAACAUCUCAUCAAAAUGUCAUUACAUUACAAAAAUGCUGUGAGCUUGGACUGUGUGUCUGGUUUCCUGUUCCAUUAUGAGGGAACACUUAAGGGAAUAUUUCACCACUUAAUGUAGACAUCCAGACUGUGCUGGUGGUCCUUAUAGUCUAUUAUCACUGUAAUUCAUUGGGCACCAUUUAUUUUGACAGAGACGUUUUCUCAGAGAACCUGUCCCAGUAUCAAAAUAUAGGCAGACACACACCAUGGCUGGAUGGUUAAACCAGAGUGGAAUAAAGCUCCUGUUCUUCUAAUGGCUUCCAGGUUCUGACCACAAGGAAAUCACAACAGUAUUAAAUCCACUGUCUGUAGCAUUUAAAAACAAACACCCACUUGAGUAUUAGAGAUUGAAGGGAGAUUGAGGGGCUGGAAGCAAAACAUACAGUAGACAGCACCAAUUUUCAAUGGGACUGACUCAUUUUUCUAUAAAGAAAAAUACUGUAUGUGCCAUCAGCCUAAAAGAUGCUAUAAUUAUCUCAAAAUUUUAUACAUAGUGGCUUUAAAUGAAUCAGAUAUCAUUUUAUAUAAUUAUCAUCCAUUCCCAUAAUUAUAUAAUGAUAUAAUCUCAUCUUGAAAUGCUUGAUUCUUUUUACAAGAAGCUAGAGAGUAAGAAGUACAACGGGCAGAAUGAUUAAAAAACAUCUGUCCAGUGAAACUCGCUGGAGCAUGGUUAUUUGAUUGGCUUUGGUUGGCAGCUGCAACGCAAUUAUGACUUGUUGGCUCCCAGCAAGCUUUGUCAUCCCAGUUAGCAGCGCUGCUUCAGUCUGGCCGGUUUGCAGCCGCUCUAGCAGUAGUGGCUUCCUGUGGCAGUGGACUAGGACUCGUACAAACCAUACUGUGACAUUGUCAGUACUGUUACACAAUUUCAAAAGCUACUUCUUAAGACUGAAUGCAAGAGACAAGAAAAUUGAAACUUAACUCAGCCAAAACUAUUUCCUUCAUUUCUUUAAUUUUUUAUCUCAGAGUAGAUCAGCAGGAGGCUGAGUCUAUAAGACUAGAGUGGUCAUCAUGGACAUUAUUGACAUGCCACCUCUAUAUCCAAUACAUGGAAAUAAUAAAGAUGGGAAAACAGCAACAUGUUCUCAUAAUAUAGUAAUUCCUCUCUCUCUCUCUCUCUCUCUAUAUAUAUAUAUAUAUACAUAUAUAAAGAUUAGCUAUGUUACCUCAACAAACAAGUGAAACUUUCUCCUACAGUUCAAGUGAUUAUUGCACUUAUAAAAGCUACAGGGAACUGUGCUGCAUUUGUAGGUUCUGCGUUUUCUUUUUCAUGAAGUUGUACUAGAAACAUGAUAGAGCACAUUAGUAUCAUUGAAGCUUACAUAGUGUCUAGAUUGCACAUGGUCAGUUGAGGCUGUGUGGGUGUUUAGAUAAACCUGUUUACUGUUGGUGAUGUUUGUUGUCUGUCUUAUGAGGAUGAUCAAUUAUCUUUAAAGUGUAAUAGGUACAUUGGAAUGAAUAUAUACAUACUUGGAUACUUGUAUAAAUAACAUUGUAUAAUAGGAACAAGGGUAUAUGAUCAUGUCUAGUGUUUAGAUUUUUGUAAUUCUUAUCCUUGCACACACAUUAACAAUCCAGUAAAUAAUUGA